AAAUAUAUGCAGCGAGCAGUGAAUGAAGACUUGGAACCGGAAAACAUACACAGCAACAACCAACUAAUCAACUUUAGAGAGAGAGAGAGAGAGAGAGUGAUUGAAUUGAAUGGCGUCUAGGAAGAGCUUUCUUUCGAAGCAAAGUUACAUGUUUCAACCAACAAGGAGCACCUCAAAUUCGUGUUCACAGGGUGAUGCCAUGUUGGAGUUUGAUGAAGCUGAUUUGUGGAACAACAUCUCCGUUGCAAGUAACAACAAGAAGGGCUUCUCUUCAUCGUCAUCAUCAUCAUCAUCAUCUGCAUCUGGUUUGAAGAGAUGUCCUUCUAGGAAGGUUGUUCAUCAUGAUCAUGAUGUAGCUGCAGCUACCUCGUUGCCGGUGAACAUACCUGACUGGUCAAAGAUUCUAAAGCAGGAAUACAAGGAGCAUAGGAAAUGGGAGAGCGAUGAUGAUGAUGAUUAUGAAGAUGAUGAUGAUGAGGACGAUGAUUAUAAAGGAGGAGGAGUUAGGGUUCCCCCACACGAGUAUCUGGCAAAGACAAGAGGGGCCUCUCUCUCUGUUCAUGAAGGCAUUGGAAGGACCCUCAAAGGUAGAGACUUGCGUAGUGUCAGGAAUGCUAUUUGGAAGAAAGUUGGCUUUGAAGAUUAAUUAACUUCUAAUCAUUAUUAUAGUCUCAUUAAUUAAUUACAUCUUCUUCUUCUUCUAAUCAGAGAUCACAGUAUAGAAGAGACUUGGAUAGAUCCGAUUCCAGAAUUUUGUAUUUUGGGGGAAAAUUUUGGAUAAGGUUAUAUUAUUAUUAGUUUAAUUUAAUUAUUACUUAAUUAGCCUCUGUUAUCGGCCAGCUAAUUAAUUAACUAUACUUGUUGUUGCAUCAUGUUCUACAAAGAUAGAUCCAUGUGUGUCAUUAUUGUUCCUUGUUCUGCUUUAAUUGUAUGGGGAAUUUUCUAUUGUUGCCUUGCAUUGUAAUGUUAAGUAUUGAUUACGAUUAAUUAAGGAGAAUAAUCCCUUCUCCUUCAUUUGGGUGU